AUGACGACUCCCUCACUCCCCUCCAAAUACAAAGCUGUCAUCUACGACAAGCCAGGCACAAUCUCCACGGCGGUAAUAAUGCUCGACAUGCCUUCGCCCGGGCAAGGCGAAGUCCUAAUCAAGCUGACGCACUCGGGUGUGUGUCACUCUGAUAUCGGAGUUAUGACGAACUCGUGGAAGUCACUGCCGGUUGGCACGCAAGCGGGGCAAGUUGGUGGACACGAAGGCGUGGGAACGAUUGUACAGAUGGGACCGGGAACGGAUAAUGCUAGUGUCAAACUGGGGCAAAGAGUGGGGAUCAAGUGGGUUGCUGGUAUAUGCGAAGCAUGUGAGGCUUGUAGGGCAGGCUUUGAUGCUUGUUGCUCCAGUGCGAAAGUCUCGGGAUACUUCACCCCAGGGACUUUUCAGCAGUACGUCCUCUCCCCCGCAAAUUACGUCACACCCAUUCCCGAUGCCCUCGCUUCUGACGCCGCCGCGCCGCUACUCUGCGCCGGCGUAACCGUAUACUCGGCACUGCGCAAAACGAAUGCAGAGUCCGGGACUUGGGUCGUGAUUUCCGGCGCCGGGGGUGGACUGGGCCAUCUCGCUGUGCAGUUCAGCGCGCGGGGCAUCGGUCACCGCGUCAUUGGCGUGGAUCAUAGCAGCAAGAAAGACCUCGUCAUGGAGAGCGGAGCCGAGCACUUUGUUGCCGUAGAUGGCGAGCAUGGCGUUGUCGACACUGUGAAAUCGCUGACCAAUGGACUUGGCGCUCACGCUGUUGUCGUCUGCACUGGCAACAACGCCGCGUAUGCACAGUCAACAGAAAUGCUGCGAUUCGGUGGCCGUGUUGUCUGCGUCGGUAUGCCAGAGGGAGACCCUAUGCCGAUUAAGAGUGCGACUCCUGCUCUGCUGAUCGGCAAGUCGGUGCAGGUUGUAGGGUCAGCGGUAGGGAGCAGAAAGGAGGCGAUUGAGACGAUGGAUUUCGCAGCGAGGGGCGUCGUCAAGUCGCAUUUCAGAAUUGAGAAGAUGGACAAGUUGACAGAUGUUUUCAAGGAGAUGCAAGAGGGUAAGUUGCAGGGCAGGGUUGUGCUAGAUUUGCAGGAUUAG